GUGCGGUUUUCGAAGUGUAGCGCUACAACUCAGUCUCAAAAACAAGUUCUUCUGCAUCUACUAAGGCGUGGAUAGUCAAGUAAUAUCAGUAACCACCAUUCAAUACGUUAGAGAUUCUGUAUAACGUUUACAUUUGCAUGUAGUUGAAAAGUAAGAAAAGAGUCUGCAAUUAUGUCAGAUGAUAGUGAUGCAUUUGCUAGUGCAGAUGAAAGUUUGCAUACUAGCACCACUACCAAUACUACUACUACUAAUACUAAUACUAGUAGUAUAAAAGAAAGUCAUCCAGCAAAAGAAGAAUCUUCGUCAACUAUCUCAAAGGCGGCGAAUACAAGUGACCGUGAUAAUGACUCUGGUCAAAUAGAAGAAGCAACUAUAUCAAGAACAACUGAGCAUACAUCGUCACCAUUGGUUAAAGAAUCGAAUUCAGGGGAAUUAAAAAAGAAAAAAAAGGUGAAACAGAAAAAGUUGAAAUCUGCUACUCCUAAAAAACGUGAAAAAGUAAAAGAAGCUUCACUAAAUAUCGACUCAAAGUCAACGGUUAAAGAAGAUAUUCUUUCUGUUUCCGAAAUUGUUGGAAGUGAAGAUAAAAAAAUCGAUUCCGAAGCUGUAUUAUCACCUUCCUCUGAAAAAAUUGACACACCAGCUGAGAUCGUUAAAUCUGAGACAAAGGAAUUGAUAAAUGCUGUGAAUGAUGUAAUUGUUCCACAGGGUGAUGAACCAUGCGAGCAGAUGUUUGACUCCAACAAUCCCAAUGAAGGAGUCAGCAGUUUACCCGAAGAAAUGACACCUAAAUCCGCAGAUACUUCAGGGGAUUCAAAACAAUCCACAUCCUCUAUGGAAAUUCAUUCUGUUAUAGACAAACUAUCAAAAGUUGAACCUAUCCCAGAAUUAGAUUUCAUCGCAUCAACUGCUACAAAUAUUGCCCGUGGUCUAGGUGAUGGAUUGAGUUCACUUGUUGGCGUAUUAGGUGAUGUUAUCCAAUUGAAUCCAUCAGAUACCAGCAGUGUGAAUGAAGAAACUCUUAAGAGAAGAGCUGAAAGACAAACUGAAGAACAAAUGGAAAGAAAAGCAAUCUCAGAUGCAUGGAAUAAUGUUUGGGGUACAUCAUGGACUAAUGAUGAUGAUGUUGAUGACGAUGAAAAUGGUAAUCAAAAUGAUGGUUGGGAAGUAGACAGUCCAGUGGAAUCAGAAGAUAUAUCUAAAUCAAAGUUGGAUAACAAUAUCCCUGAGAAAACUAACAUUCAAGAAGGUGUAAAUCAAGGAGUUGAUGCCUCACAUAAGGAACCAAAGUGUCAUGAUAAUGUAGUGUCACAACAGAAAUCUGAGAGUAAUAAUUUCUCAUGGGGUUGGAGUGGUCUUUCAUCAUUCAGUCAACAGCUUACUUCUUCGUUACAAGCAACUAGUUUAAAUUUAGUCCAAGGCAGUGUUGAUGUCCUCGAAUUGAUAGGACGUAAAACAAUGUCUGUCCUAGCUGAAAAUGAUCCUGGUUUUGAGUAUACAAAGAAAUUUUUACGUCCAUCAAAUUCAUCAGAUAAUCGUCCAAAUCUUUCUAAGAUAUUACGAGAAGCCUAUGAAUUGCAUUCCUCUUCAGAAUAUACUAAUAACAAGACUUCUAAAGAUUCUAAAGGCGAUUUCACCUAUCAACUUGAAUAUCAUCGAGCAUUGUUACACUUGGAGUCAUUAGAAUUAGUCAGUGAACAAGCAAAUAAUCAAUUAAAUAUUCGUUUAGACUCUUACAUGUCAUCGUCUUCCUCUAAUCAAACUUAUAAUGAUUUACUCGAGAAAAUAUGGAAUUAUUUAAAUUUAGAUGAAAAUGAUGACAGUGAUGCUCAUCAUGAGGAUGGUGAUGAUAGUGAUAACGGAAGUGGCAGCCAAAAUUCUGAGGAUAACGAUAAGUCCUAUGCAUCUGUUAUUAAAAAAUUAAAUCAGAAACGCCCCUCCAAAGACAAAGUGAAGGAUGAUAUAUGUCAACAACUUUCUAAGCAUUUAAACAAGUCAACUAUUGAAUUAUGGUGUAAAAUUAUUAAAAUAUCUUAUUAUUUAAAUAGGAUUUAUUCAAAUGAACGAUUUAUUAAGACUACAACUGAUGUAUGGAAUACCUGUGAUAUUGACAAACUUGGCGAGAAUUCAAUUGAAGAGAUUUACUUCCAGUCAAUUUCGUCAUUGGCACAAUUCACUUCAGCCUAUUUAGAAUAUUUACAUAAAUUCUCUGAAUGUAUUCUAGUGAAAGUGCAUAAAACUGAUACAGAUUUUGUGGAAUUAUCACAAAUUUUAGCAUGUUUCUUCCGUCUUUCUGUUGAAGCUCAAGUUUGCCUUUGUCAAGAAUUUAUAAAAAGCAUGAAAAGUAUACAUGAAAAGCAGCAGUCAAUUGAUACUGAAGAGGUGGACAAUGAAAAGACGAAACCAGCACUAUCAAUUAGUCAGUACACAUCUAAUCUCUUAUUAGAAUGUAGUAAUGCUGGCAGUUAUUUGAAAAAUGCAUCUAAUUUACUUGUGCCUGUUGUUCAGCUUGCCUGUAUAAAUCAUGCUCAAUCUUCGAAAGUUGAAUAAACACAUUUUUUUAUUAUUAGUAUGUUUAUUUUGGAGGAGCUUUACUGGGUCUUUUUUACUUUUCAUUGCCUUUGUGUGUGUGUGGAGAGAGCGAUGUGAGUACAUUGUGAAUAGUGCAAAUGAACUAAAAAAAGAUCCUCAACCAGUCUUUCAUUAAUAAACAGACAAACGUAUUUUAUUCAUUGGGUUCUAUUCCGUCUCAUCUUGUAAUUAUUUAUUGAUUUUUUCUCUUGUUCUCGAAUGAUUUGCUGGUUUUGUGUGUGUGUGUGUGUUUGUUUAUGUACAUUCCUACUGACUUAUAUUGCAAUAUGACAUAAAUUUAUACUGUAAAUUGUGUUUGUAAAUUUCUAUGUACCCAGAAAGUCAGGCAACUGUAAUCUUACCUAUUACCAAACAAAUUUGCCGGAGGAAAUAGAG